GCUGUGGCCGUGCUGGUGAGACGUUUCUGGAGUCCUCGGGAGUUUUACUGCUGUCACGAACUACUGGGACACUCUACUGCUGUCACGGAGUACCGGGACACUCUACUGUUGCUACGGGUACUGGAAAAAAAAUCGAUCUAUAAACCUGAGAUGUGCGUGUGUUAUAGAGUCAGGGCGGUAGGAGGCAAGAGUCUACAGCCCAGCAGUGUGUGAGCCAACCUCCUGAUGGCAACAGUGACGGAGGAGGGCUUGGACAGGGCCCAUCAGGUGGUCUAUCGUUGGAUCCUGCCCAUCGUCAUCUGUCUGGGUGUGCUGUCCAAUGGUCUUUGUAUUUUCAUCUUAAGUAGACCCAGCCUUAGGUCCGCUCGUGUUAACAGGUACUUCCUCAUGUUGGCGGUGUCUGACCUACUGGUGUGUCUCUUCUAUAUCCCCGUCUGCACCACCGUCACUGGCUGCACCUUCUCUAGCUAUGCUGAAGCUUUCUACUUCUCCCAUUUUGGGUGGACACUUGUGGGCAUCACUCAAGCCAUGGGCACCUACACCAUCCUGUGGCUCUCCCUCGACCGCUUCAUCGCUGUGUGGUGGUACAGCCUCUACCCGAUUAUCCAAAAGAAACCAAAUUUAUUCCGAAACAGGAUGGUUGUCACAAUUACCCUCUGCAUCGUCACCCAUCUGACCUACAUAUUUACCGCCACCGUCGAUUGCUCCAUUCCAGACGAGGCGGAUGGCCUGUGCACGGAAGGGACUUGGAUUGUUAAGAAUGGGUAUCGGAACAAUUUUGAAAAAACAUGGCACAAAGUUUACCGGAGUUUGUUUGGUCUGUUCAUCAGGUGGGUGCCGUGUUGCCUCCUGCUGUUGUUCAACAUGGGGCUGGUAAUUGGGGUGAUACGAGGCCGCGUCAAUUUUCCUGCUACUGGUAAUGGAUCUGGGAGGAGCGGGGAGAGGACCCUUGUCAUCACUAUGAUCGCCAUCACCGCCUCCUACAUCUUGCUCACCCUCCCCAUCACCGUCUACAUCAUGGCCUAUGCCACAGACGUCGUCAACCGUUGUUCUGGGGAACACCCCAAGGAGGUCCUUGGUGCUGUGGGUAAUUGCCUUCAGUUGUUUGAGCACGUGAUAUACAUAGUGUUCCUGGUGGGUCUAAACAAAGGCUUCAGGAAGGAGCUCAAGAUUUUGCUGCAUUUGGAGGAGAAUAUAAACCAAAAAGAUCCUGGCGGAGUCGAGCUUGGUGUUUCUUACUCACGCUCAGGGGGGCAUGGGGAGUGUCACAAGAAUCACCAGAACAGUUGCUCUCUCUCAUCAGCCAUACCCAACAGCAUGACGGAGGAUUCAUAACAUAUUUUACUGUGUCUGUUAUAGUGUGUUACUGUGUCUGUUAUAGUGUUACUGUUUCUGUUAUAGUGUUACUGUUUCUGUUAUGGAAUCUGUUACGGGGUCUGUUACAGUCUUUUACAGCAUCGUACGGUGAAAAACCACCAGGCAAAAAAAAUUAGUUUAGUCAUGAUACGACAUGACACAUUUAAACAAGUUCUGGCAAACUUUAAACUGAUCAGUAAAUUUUGUAAGUCAUGACUUAUAAUCAUUAAUAUGGUAAUACGAAUAGUUCUUUGCGUGGGUGUUGAUGGUGCCUUUGCUGUCCUGUACUAGAUGUUAGAACCAUAAGCCAGGCUUCGCCAACACCAUCCUGGCCGAUGAGAUUGCUGAUGUUAGCGAAACUGUGUAACUGUCUCUAUGUCUACACUAGGUCAAGCGGUUGUACACCCCACCUAAGGUACAGUACAUUACCCACCCGGACUGGGUACACACACAUUUGUCGAUUUUUGGAUCUGUUUGUCACACCCCCGCGGCGGCAUGUGUCUGCCACACCGAGAUGAGGUGGGGUGGGCGGGUUCCUUGUUCAGUACUGUACCACUGGUGGCCUGCUAAUUUUUUCACCUCCAUGUGUUAGGUCAGACGGUUGUGUGUACUUGGGGUGCAUUAAUGACCCAGGGUACACUCACAAAAUGGAGGGUGACCCGAGACGCCCUCACAUCCUAACCCAGUAUCUACCCGUUCGUUGCUUAGUGGUGAUGAAAAUUAUAGUAAUAAUUUUAUAGCUUACAAAAUAAGAUCAUAAACAAGCAUAUACUAUUUUAUUUUCCGUUUCGUCUAUUGUCUUAAUAAUAACAAUAUUACAAAUGCAAUUUCCACUUGACAGACCAAAACACCCCGGAGGAGGUUGAAUUUUCCAAGUGAUUUACACAUGACAUUCUAUGAACGGUUGCUGUGGGCUGCUACCCCUGCUUAAUGUACAGUAAAAGUAACCACUGAUGUUAAAGAAAAAAGUGAGACAAAGGAACGCCAAAUAUACGUGUGCACUCAA